CUCUUUCAUGUCUUUUUUUCCUGUAUAUUGUCCACAUUUCUUAUAGAAGAUUACUUUGAACAAGAAAAAAAAAAUUUCUUAUUGCAUGUAUUUUGCUGCAUCAAUAAAUGUAUGUUGCACCAUCUCUUCUUCGGUUGAAUCGAUUAUUUUCACUGCCCUAAAAAUCCUUUCUAUCUUGGUAAAUGCAAAACAGAAAAAAAAAGGUCAAGAGCAGGCUAUUGUUGUUGAUGACAAUUUCAAUAAGUUCAGCUUCAAAUUGACCAGGCAAGUGACCGCUUCCCUUUUUUUUACUAACUAUGAUAUGAAAGCCACGAGGCAUUAGAAUAGGGACCCUUUUCCAUAUGAUUAGUUGCAUAGUUUACGUAAAUUUAUAUCCUUACUGUAUAUGAUCGCCGUUUAGUCUACCCACU